GCUAGUGUGUGAGAGCGAGAGGAGGAGGAGGGCGCUCGAGGCGACAGCAGUGCAGACGCCAUUAUCCUCUGUGUUUCUCUACGGCACCAACCUCUGUCGACUGGCGUUUAUCUUGCUCUUAAACCGACAGGCUACUGCAGCACUAGGGUGUCAGUUGUUGAUCCCGCCCAGAACACUUCAGUUCUGCCCUGCAAGGAUAUAUAAUACUGAUUGUCUACCCAUUUAAUCUGAGAAAAUGGAGACUGAGCAGCCAGAAGAAACCUUCCCCAAUACUGAAACCAAUGGUGAAUUUGGUAAGCGCCCUGCUGAAGAUAUGGAGGAGGAGCAGGCCUUUAAAAGAUCUAGAAACACUGACGAGAUGGUUGAACUGCGCAUUUUGCUUCAAAGCAAGAAUGCUGGAGCAGUGAUUGGGAAAGGAGGCAAAAAUAUUAAAGCACUUCGUACAGACUACAAUGCCAGUGUUUCAGUCCCAGACAGCAGUGGCCCCGAGCGCAUAUUGAGUAUCAGUGCAGAUAUUGAAACAAUUGGAGAAAUUCUGAAGAAAAUCAUCCCUACCUUGGAAGAGGGCCUGCAGUUGCCAUCACCCACUGCAACCAGCCAGCUCCCGCUCGAAUCUGAUGCUGUGGAAUGCUUAAAUUACCAACACUAUAAAGGAAGCGACUUUGACUGCGAGUUAAGACUGUUGAUUCACCAGAGUCUGGCAGGAGGAAUUAUUGGGGUCAAAGGUGCUAAAAUCAAAGAACUUCGAGAGAACACUCAGACAACUAUCAAGCUUUUCCAGGAAUGCUGUCCUCAUUCCACGGAUAGAGUUGUUCUUAUCGGAGGAAAGCCUGAUAGGGUUGUGGAGUGCAUAAAGAUCAUACUGGAUCUUAUAUCUGAGUCUCCCAUCAAAGGACGUGCACAACCCUAUGAUCCCAAUUUCUAUGAUGAAACCUAUGACUACGGUGGUUUCACAAUGAUGUUUGAUGAUCGACGAGGACGCCCUGUGGGAUUUCCAAUGCGGGGAAGAGGAGGCUUUGAUAGAAUGCCCCCAGGUCGUGGUGGGCGUCCUAUGCCCCCAUCUAGAAGAGAUUAUGAUGACAUGAGCCCUCGCAGAGGACCCCCACCACCACCUCCUGGACGUGGUGGCAGGGGCGGUAGCAGAGCUCGGAAUCUUCCUCUUCCUCCACCGCCACCACCUAGAGGAGGAGAUCUUAUGGCUUAUGACAGAAGAGGAAGACCCGGUGACCGUUAUGACGGCAUGGUUGGUUUUAGUGCUGAUGAGACUUGGGACUCUGCAAUAGAUACAUGGAGUCCUUCCGAAUGGCAGAUGGCUUAUGAACCACAGGUUGAGUACCAUGAGUUUACGGGUGGUUCUGGAUAUGAUUAUUCCUAUGCAGGGGGCCGUGGCUCAUAUGGUGAUCUUGGUGGACCCAUUAUUACAACACAAGUAACUAUUCCCAAAGAUUUGGCUGGAUCUAUUAUUGGCAAAGGUGGUCAGCGAAUCAAACAAAUACGUCAUGAAUCUGGAGCAUCAAUCAAAAUUGAUGAGCCUUUGGAAGGAUCUGAGGAUCGAAUUAUUACCAUUACAGGAACACAGGACCAGAUACAAAAUGCACAGUAUUUACUGCAAAACAGUGUGAAGCAGUAUGCAGAUGUUGAAGGAUUCUAAUGCAAGAUAUUUUUUCUUUUUUAUAGUGUGAAGCAGUAUUCUGGAAAGUUUUUCUAAGACUAGUGAAGAACUGAAGGAGUCCUGCAUCUUUUUUUUUUUAUCUGCUUCUGUUUAAAAAGCCAACAUUCCUCUGCUUCAUAGGUGUUCUGCAUUUGAGGUGUAGUGAAAUCUUUGCUGUUCACCAGAUGUAAUGUUUUAGUUCCUUACAAACAGGGUGGGGGGGGAAGGGCGCGCAAAACUAACAUUGAAAUUUUGAAACAGCAGCAGAGAGAGUGAAUUUUAUUUUUGUUCAUUGUUGGUGGUAAAAAAAAAUAAUAAUAAUAAUUUUUUUCCCCUCCUGUAACUAUUGUGAACACCUUGCUUUGUGGUCACUGUAAUUUUUUGGGGGGGGGUGGGACAGGGGAGAAAGAGUAUCAAUAGUCCACGUGUCCCUGGCAUCCAUUCAGAGCAGUGUGCAGAAUGUAAUGCUCUUUUGUAAGAAACGUUUUAUGAUUUUUAAAAUAAAUUUAGUGAACCUAUUUUUGGUGGUCAUUUUUUUUAAAAACAUUAAAUUUCAAGUGGAUAAAUCUUUUCCCCCUAGACAAAAGCAGCACUAAUUAAACACUAAGUUUGAUUUUCAGCUCCUCUGUGGAUAUAGGCGUAUCUUCUUGGACAUAUAAUAAGCAAAUAGUCCUGGUGACAACUUGAUGACUUGAAAGUCCAUUGCUUGGGAAGGAAUUGCAUCACAUUCAUUCAUGCAACAAGCUGGUUUUUGCAAAUGCUUGCCCCUACUUGCAGCACAAUUUUCUAUAUUAGUAAUUGUGAAGAACAACCAAGCUGGGAGCAGUACCACAAAUUGGUCUAGAUACACACCUGAAGCCUGAUUAGCAACAAGUUUUACUAAUCAGAAUAACACUUGGUUAUGAAAAUGACUGAAGCUGAAUAAAUUCUGAUUAUUUUUAGAUAAUUCCUCACUUGUAGACUAUAAAAAACUGUCAACUUGCCUGGUGUCUACUAGUUAAACUUUGUAAAAAUAUAUAUAUAUAUACUUGUUUUUCCAUUGUAUGCAGAUUUGAAAGAAAGAUGUACCAUUUCUCUGUUGUAUGUUGGAUUAUGUAGGAAAUGUUUGUGAACAAUUCAAAAAGUGAUAAAAAAAAAAGUACCUGUGGAUGUUUUGUGUAGUAUCUUGGCAUUUGUAUUAAUAGUUAAAAGUUCUAAUUUCACUUCCAAAUAAAAAUAAACUCACACAACACUGGACUUGAUGUGCCCAGUUUGGAGAAUGAGUGACAUUGUUAUUAA